AUGGACUCCAAGACCAGCAACAUUCUCUCGUUGCCGUUUCGACGGUCGGUGCACCUCUCCCUCGCCACCACGAUCCGCCAGUACAUCAACGCCAAGUAUGACCAGCACCCCGACAUGUUCCGCCCGGACCUCGACGCCAUUGACGCGCUGCGCACCGAUGCCAUCAACGUUCGCGAACCCCAUACCAGCGGCGUCAAGAAGCUCCAGGCCUACGCUGCCCAGCUGGUCUGGAUCGGCGGCAAGUUUCCCAUCGACAUUGGCGCCGAGUUCACAUGGUACCCCGCGCUUGGCUAUAAUACCGAACGACCCAUGGUCCGCAACAACCUCAAGUACGAGCUCAUGAAUGUCCUCUACAACCUGGCCUCGCUCUACUCCCAGCUCGCCAUCAACACGUCGCGCGCCAACACCGACGGCCUCAAGACGGCCGCCAACUAUUUUUCCCAGGCAGCCGGCGUCCUCUCGCACAUCAAGUCCACCGUGCUGCCGGAGCUGCGCAUGUCGGACCCGCCCGAGGACAUGGACGAGCACACCCUCGAGUCGCUGACCCAGCUGCUGCUGGCCCAGAGCCAGGAGUGCUUCUGGCAAAAGGCCGUCAUGGACGGCUACAAGGAUGCCUCCAUUGCCAAGCUCGCCGCCCGCGUAUCCGACCUGUACAACUUGGCCGGCGAGUCAGCCGUCAAGAGCGAGGCCAUCAGCAGCGCCUGGAUACACCACAUGACGGCCAAACACCACCACUUUGCCGCCGCCGCCCAGUACCGCGCCGCUUGUGACUGCUUGGAGAAGAGAAAAUAUGGUGAAGAGGUGGCACGGCUCCAGGAUGCCGUGCAGUGCGUCAACGAGGGCAUCAAAGAGACCAAGGGCGGAUACCUCAACAAGCUUGUGGUGGAAGACUUGAAUGCGCUGAAACGAAAGGUGGAAGAGGAUCUUAAGCGCGCAGAAAAGGACAAUGAUAUCAUCUUCCUCAAUAUUGUGCCGCCAAAGUCGGAACUAAAAAUUCUCGACCGAGCGAAUAUGGCCGUCGCCAGAGUACCCAAACAAAUUUCGGAUCCCUACGAAUUCUUCGGAGACAAGGCCGAGUUUGGGCCAGCCCUCUUCUCUCGCCUGGUUCCCUUCUCGGUACACGUUGCCAUUUCGAUAUACGAGGAACGACGCGACCGAAUGGUGGACCAAAGUAUUAUACAAGAGUUGGAAACCAUGACGGAGCAGUUCCACAAUGCUUUGGCGUCUCUUGGACUUCCAGGCUCAAUACAAGCUCUAGAGAAGCCUCUCGGGCUACCGCCUAGUCUCGUGCAGCAUGCUGAAGAGAUUCGGCAAGCAGAUGCUGUCAAUAGACUCCACAAGUCCUUUAUUGACAUUGAUAAGCUGCGGGCAGCUGAUAUGGCCAUCUUUGAAGAGGGCAUCACGGCGCUGGCGGCUGAGUACGACGAGGACCAGCAAUUACGCGCCAGAUACGGCACCGAUCGCUGGGCUCGUCCAGACAGCAAGACCGACCCGCAAGGCGCAAAGCUUUGGCACCACGUCACAGAAAUUGAGAGCUACUUUGAGAGCAGCUCAAGCAGCGAUGGCGUGGUGCGCGAAAAGUAUGCAGCAAACGAAGACUUGCUGCGCAUCUUAUCCGGACCCGACCGCGGGAUACAAAACUACGUGCCGUCUGGCGGGCAGAUGGACAUGCGCGAAGACCUCAGAACGUCGAUGGGAAAACUGCGCAGUGCGUAUAGUGACGCAGUGCGCUUCGAAAGCAAGCGACGGGUCAAGGUCAAGAACUUGAAGGAGAAUGCCAAGCGCGACGACAUCAAGCCGGAUAUUCUCAAAGAAGCAGCCAGACUGGAGCGCACAUAUCCCACGACAAGCAUUGUACCGGCGCACUUUGAAGACUUUUUCGACAAGAGGCUGGACAAGCUCUACGAGACAGAUAUUGACGGACUGGAUAAAGAAGCAAAGGAGCAGGAGCAGCUGGUUGCGCAGCUGCAACGGGCGAAUCGCGAGUUUGAAGCACAAAAGCAAAAGGGAAGCUCGCGUGCGAACCGCGAACGCGAACAGGCGCUGCAGAGGCUGGAUUCGGCAUACUACAAGUACAAGGAGAUUCUCAACAACUUGGACGUGGGCCGCAAGUUCUACAACGACUUGAGCAAGAUUGUCGGACAGGGGUUCCGGGAUGAGGCCAAGUCGUGGGUUGCCCAGCGGCGGAUGGAAGCCCGCGCUUUGGAAGAGGAACUGAGCAUGCCGACGCUGUCAAACCUCAACAUAUCAAGAAACCACACCCCCGUACACAACGCCCCGCCGCAGAGCAUAUAUCAACAACCACCGGCGCAGCAACAGAGCUACUACGGCGGCAUGCCCCAGCAGGGGUCCGGACCGGUGGAGGCGGCGGCCAUUCAGUCGUGGGCCGGCGCGGGAGACAAUGUGCAGCAACCGCAGCCGAUGCCGCCGGUGGCGAACCCGAUGGGCACCAUGUGGACGCCCGGGGGGCCCAUCAAUUUCGGGGCCGGACUGUCGCAGGCCGGCAGUGGGGAGGGACAGCAGCAGCAGCAGCAGCAGCAGGGAACGUGGAAUCCGAGUUUGGGGAUUAAAUUUGGGUAG